GUCAUGUGGAUUCCAUCCAUGAACGUGAACUUUUUAUUGUGGUUUGUCCGUUCGGAGCGCUCCGCAGAACAGUCCUCCCUGUAAGAGCCUAACCAUUGCCAGGGAAACCUGCGCUGGGCGCUCCCUUCAUUACCAGUAUUUUUUUUUAAUUAAUCUGAUUAAUAAUUAUUUUCUCCCCUCAUUUAAUUUCUUUCCUCCCAGAUGGAGUUGCUGGAAGCUGGAAGCACCUGGGGAGCGGGGUGGGGGGAGAGGCAGGAGUAGAGGGCACCCCUCUCUCCCUUCCCGACCCUCUAGCCCCCCAAGGGGCAGGAGGAAUGCGGGAGCAGGAGUUGAGAUAGGGAGCUGCAGAUGCCUCCGCCCCUCCCCUCUCCCAGGCUCUCCCUCCUGCCUCCUUCUCGCAACUCUGCUUAAAAUUUAUUUGGCUUUUUGAUUAUUGGGACUACUCUUCUUUAUUUUUAAAUUUAUAUAAAGUAUAUAUAUGUAUGUGGAGCUGAAACAGUCUCGGCAGCGGCACAGAAUGAGGGAAGACGAGAAAGAGAGAGUGGGAGAGAGAGAGGCAGAGAUAGAGAGAGAGAGGGAGAGUGACAGCAGCGCCCGCGGGGGCUCAACCCCCAGACCUCCAGAAAUGACGUCAGAAUCAUUUGCAUCCCGCUGCCUCUACCUGCCCUGUCCAGCUGGGACCCUGUCUCGCCGGCCCCAUGGCCAGAGGGUUGGAAUAUUCGCAAAAUAGCUACAUCCCUGAACACAGUCCGGAAUAUUACGGCCGGACCAGGGAAUCGGGAUUCCAGCAUCACCACCAGGAGCUGUACCCACCACCGCCUCCGCGCCCUAGCUACCCUGAGCGCCAGUAUAGCUGCACCAGUCUCCAGGGGCCGGGCAAUUCGCGAGGCCACGGCCCGGCCCAGGCGGGCCACCACCACCCCGAGAAAUCACAGCCGCUCUGCGAGCCGGCGCCUCUCUCAGGCGCCUCCGCCUCCCCGUCCCCAGCCCCGCCAGCCUGCAGCCAGCCAGCCCCUGACCAUCCCUCCAGCGCCGCCAGCAAGCAACCCAUAGUCUACCCAUGGAUGAAAAAAAUCCACGUUAGCACGGUGAACCCCAAUUAUAACGGAGGGGAACCCAAGCGCUCGAGGACAGCCUACACCCGGCAGCAAGUCCUGGAAUUAGAGAAAGAGUUUCAUUACAAUCGCUACCUGACCCGAAGGAGAAGGAUCGAGAUCGCCCACUCGCUGUGCCUCUCUGAGAGGCAGAUCAAAAUCUGGUUCCAAAACCGUCGCAUGAAAUGGAAGAAGGACCACCGACUCCCCAACACCAAAGUCAGGUCAGCGCCCCCGGCGGGCGCUGUGCCCAGCACCCUCUCGGCAGCCACCCCGGGCACUUCUGAAGACCACUCCCAGAGCGCCACGCCACCGGAGCAGCAACGGGCAGAGGACAUUACCAGGUUAUAAAACAUAACUCACACCCUGCCCCCACCCCAGGCCCCCAUCCUCCCCUCACACACAAAUUGACUCUUAUUUAUAGAAUUUAAUAUAUAUAUAUAUAUUUUGGUUCUUUUCUCUCUUCCUCCCACCUUAUCCCUCGUCAUUUCCAAACAGACAAAACAGAUAAACAAACAAGCCCCCUGCCCUUCUCUCCUUUCCACUGUUAAGGACCCUUUUAAGCAUGUGAUGUUGUCUUAGCAUGGUACCUGCUGGGGUUUUUUUUUAAGGCCAUUUUGGGGGGUUAUUUAUUUUUUAAGGAAAGAAAGCUGCAAAAAUUAUAUAUUGCAAGGUACGAUGGUCUGGUUUAGGUGCGUUUCAGGGGAAAUGAGGAAAAGAAAAAAGGAAAGAGAUUUUUAAGCCAAUUCUCCUCCUUCUUCUUUCUCCUCCUCCUCCUUCCCCGCUCUUUCCUUAGGCCUUUUGCAUUGAAAAUGCACCAGGGGAGGUUAGUGAGGGGGAAGUCAUUUUAAGGAGAACAAAGCUAUGAAGUUCUUUUGUAUUAUUGUUGGGGGGAGCUGGGAGGAGAGGGGGGAAGACAGCAGACAAAGCUAAAUGCAUCUGGAGAGCCUCUCAGAGCUGUUCAGUUUGAGGAGCCAAAAGAAAAUAAAAAUGAACUUUCAGUUCAGAGAGGCAGUCUAUAGGUAGAAUACCCCUCACCCCCCCAUCGUGGUUAUUGUGUUUUUGGACUGAAUUUACUUGAUUAUUGUAAAACUUGCAAUAAAGAAUUUUAGUGUCGAUGUGAAAUGCCCCGUGAUCAAUAAUAAACCAGUGGAUGUGAAUUA